CUUCGUCUGAACCACCUCUCGCUUCCCCUUUGGCUCGCUUACCUGGAGGCUUCCUCUCUAGCUCCUACUCAAUUCCUACACAAAAAUCUUAGGGUGCAUCUUUCUCUGCCUCACUUCCAGGCCUCCACCCUUGUUGGGCCGAUUGUUUCUCGGACCCAGGUUUCGUCAAAUGUAAAAUAGGGAUAAAAACAAUGUCCAUUCUAUGGAAGCACCUUGUCGGUGAAGAAAGACAGACCCAGGAGCUACUGCCAUCGAUGGUGCCGAGUCAGUGACCACUGUCCUCUCCAGCUGGAUUAUGCCCCAAGCGAGGACCCAGCCCCCUGCCCCCAGCCUGGCUGGGCGUCAGUUUCCCCUUGGCCCGCCCCGCCCUUUGUGACGUCGGCCGGCCUCGCAGCCCCGCCCCCGGCCCCCGCCCGCCGGCUCGCCCUGGCUUGGCCGGUUAGAGGCCGCUCGGUCCGGGGAACGCGGGCGAUCGUCCGGGGCCAUGAGGCAGCUCGCCGCCGGCUCCCUUCUCUCACUCCUGAAGGUGCUGCUCCUGCCUCUGGCACCGGCCCCAGCCCAGGAUGCAAAUUCGGCCUCCACUCCAGGCAGCCCCCUCUCUCCCACCGAGUAUGAGCGCUUCUUCGCACUGCUGACCCCAACCUGGAAGGCAGAGACUACCUGCCGCCUCCGGGCCACCCACGGCUGCCGGAACCCCACCCUCGUCCAGCUGGACCAGUAUGAAAACCACGGCCUGGUGCCGGACGGCGCUGUCUGCUCCGACCUCCCUUAUGCCUCCUGGUUCGAGUCCUUUUGCCAGUUUACUCAGUACCGUUGCUCCAACCACGUCUACUACGCCAAGAGAGUCCGGUGCUCCCAGCCUGUCUCAAUCCUCUCACCUAACUCUCUCAAGGAGGUGGACACUUCCUCUGAAGUGCCGAUCACCACGAUGACCUCCCCCGUGUCUUCCCACAUCACAGCCACAGGGCGACAGGUCUUCCAGCCCUGGCCCGAGCGGCUCAACAACAACGUGGAGGAGCUGCUACAAUCCUCCUUGUCCCUGGGCGGCCAGGAGCAGGGCCAGGAGCACAAGCAGGAGCACAAGCAGGAGCAAGGGCAGGAGCACAAGCAGGACGAGGGGCAGGAGCAGGAAGAGCAAGAGGAGGAGCAGGAGGAGGAGGGGAAGCAGGAAGAAGGACAGGGCACCGAAGAGUCGCUGGAGGCAAUGUCUGGGCUACAGGCAGACUCAGAGCCCAAGUUCCAGUCUGAAUUUGUCUCUUCCAACCCCUUCUCCUUCACUCCGCGGGUGCGGGAGGUGGAGUCGACCCCCAUGAUGAUGGAGAACAUCCAGGAGCUCAUCCGAUCCGCCCAGGAAAUGGAUGAGAUGGGUGAUGUCUAUGAGGAAGAGAACAUCUGGAGAGCCCAAAGCCCCGGCAGCCUCCUGCAGCUGCCCCACGUGGACGCCUUGCUGGUGCUGUGCUAUUCGAUUGUGGAGAACACCUGCGUCAUAACCCCUACAGCCAAGGCCUGGCAGUACCUGGAGGAUGAGACCCUUGGUUUCGGGAAGUCGGUCUGUGACAGCCUUGGGCGGCGACACCUCGCUGCAUGUUCCCUCUGUGACUUCUGCUCCCUGAAGCUGGAGCAGUGCCACUCAGAGACCAACCUGCAGCGGCAGCAGUGUGACAACUCCCACAAAACACCCUUCAUCAGCCCCCUGCUGGCAUCCCAGAGCAUGUCCAUUGGCACCCAGAUAGGGACCCUAAAAUCGGGCCGCUUCUACGGGCUGGAUUUGUACGGCGGGCUCCGCAUGGACUUCUGGUGCGCCCGGCUGGCUACCAAGGGCUGCGAAGACAACCGAGUGGCCAGCUGGCUCCAGACUGAGUUCCUCAGCUUCCAGGAUGGGGACUUCCCCACCAAGAUUUGUGACACAGAAUACGUGCAGUACCCGAACUACUGUGCCUUCAAAAGCCAGCAGUGCAUGAUGAGAAACCGGGAUCGGAAGGUGUCUCGCAUGCGAUGUCUGCAGAAUGAGACGUACACCGUCCUGACCCAGGCCAAGAGUGAGGACCUCGUGCUUCGAUGGAGCCAGGAGUUCAGCACCUUGACUCUCGGCCAAGCUGGAUGAGCUGGACUCCAUCUUGUCCCCACCCCGGCCCCCCUUCCACACUCUUCAUUGCUGUUGGACCCCAGGCUUCCCCUUCUGGCCUGAGUCUCUUACCCGGCUCCGAUCCCUGGCGUUGGGGCAGCAGUCCUGGAAGGGUCAUGACAUGACGGGAACUCCACCCACCUUAAAGGAUGUCUUUACAUAAAGUGUUUAUUUUCAA